CAACAGGAUGGAGGCGCCUUGUCUUCUGCAGCACAUGUACUAAUAAAGUCCACUUUUCUCAGCUUUUAUUCUUUUUUUUCCCUACAGCCAUUGGAGGAGGUCAUCGUUUGAAGCACUACAAGCCUCACUCCAGCUUUCCAUGUGAUUGCACAAACCCCCCCCCCAGGAAUGGAGUCGAUGCCCGGACGAGAAUCCCGCAGCUCCUCCCCGAGUCCCAAGCAGGACGCGCACCCCAACCCGCUGAAGCCCAACCAGGUGAGCGAGACGUCCCUGUACGGAGUGCCCAUAGUCUCCCUGGUGAUCGACGGCCGGGAGCGGCUGUGCCUGGCCCAGAUCUCCAACACCCUGCUGAAGAACUACAGCUACAACGAGAUCCACAACCGGCGGGUGGCGCUGGGCAUCACCUGCGUGCAGUGCACCCCCGUCCAGCUGGAGCUGCUGCGGCGCGCCGGCGCCAUGCCCAUCUCGUCGCGGCGCUGCGGGAUGAUCACCAAGCGGGAGGCCGAGCGCCUGUGCAAGUCCUUCCUGGGCGCCCACAGCCCGCCCAAACUCCCGGAGAACUUCGCCUUCGACGUCUCCCACGAAUGCGCGUGGGGCUGCCGCGGCAGCUUCAUCCCGGCGCGCUACAACUCCUCCCGCGCCAAGUGCAUCAAGUGCGGCUUCUGCAGCAUGUACUUCUCCCCCAAUAAGUUCAUCUUCCACUCGCACCGCACGCCGGACUCCAAGUACAUGCAGCCGGACGCCGCCAACUUCAACUCGUGGAGGCGCCACCUCAAGCUGACGGAGAAGAAACCCUCAGAGGACAUCAACCACGCCUGGGAGGACGUCAAAGCCAUGUUUAACGGCGGCAGCAGGAAGCGGACACUCCCGGUGCAGGCGGGGUCCCUCAAGCCCCAGGCUUCCUCCGCCCUCGGCCGCGCCGCAACGCCGCCGGACGCGGCGCGCAAACGCCUACGCGGCGGCGGCGGCGGCGACGACGACCCAGGAGCGACGGCGACGACGCACCCGUGUGCCGCGCGGAGCUACCCGCUCAUUCCCGUGCCGAGUAAAAACUUCAGCAUGCUGCAAAAAAUCCCCCCGCCUUUGUUCCCGCACCCGCCUUACGGCUUCGCGGGCUACGGCUUGUGUCCCAAAAAGAGCGACUGCGUGCCGGACGUCAGCAAAGCCAGCGUGCCUGGCGUCUUUUGGCCCGCCGGCAAGGACGCCAUAUACCCGGCCUUCCCCGUCUUCUGGCCCGCGGCGGGCGGCCUUCCGAUGCCGCCUUACCCCAAGCCCCCGGAGGUCCCCGCAGGCCCGGAUUUGUCACUGCCAGACCCCAGCGAGCGGGGCUCAAACAGCAACAAAGAAGCGGCGUCCAUCAACAGGAACGACGAGGACAAGUCCGUCGACGACACCCCGCACCGGAAGAUCGGUUACAUCUCCGCCUUCCGGCCGGUCGUCAAGGACGCGGAGACCAUCGCCAAGCUCUACGGGAGCCGGGAUGGCUACGGUUACAUGUCCCCGGACUUCAUCAGCGAGACCUCCAGCUACAAGUCCGUGUCCCCGGACAGAGACACGGUGGAAGAGGAGGAGGAGGACGACGACGACCCGGACGUGGACGUGGAGUCCAAUCGGGGAGAAGAGGACGAGGAGCAGAUCCGUGGAACAGCCGAGGAGCAGCUGGCGCCUUGCAGCCCCGCAGCAUCAGCAUCGCCGCGGGACUCGCACGGCGCAUCGUCCGAGGAGGGGGAUGGAUCUCCGCUUCAUCAGGUGUUUGUGCAUGAUAAGGUGAUAGAGGCGUUUGAGUCAUCGAGCUGCAGUCCCUGCAGAUCAGAAGGUGUGCAGCACCUGCCUGAACCGCAACGCAACAUCACAUAUCAGCAGCAAAAGGACAAACCAGCCAACGGAGCUUUACGCAUCGACAUAAGCGUGCAUGAACGAGAUCUGGAGAGGAUGGCCAAAGAGGAGUUGCAGAAGCAACUUGUGGAGCAGAUGGAGCUGCGGAAAAAGCUGGAGCGAGAGUUUCAACAUUUAAAAGAUAAUUUUCAGGAUCAAAUGAAGCGUGAGCUGUCCUACAGAGAGGAAAUGGUCCAGCAGCUGCAGUUUGUUAGAGAAGCUCACGACGCCCUUCACCAUUUCUCCUGCAAGAUGUUGACCCCUCGCCAGUGUAGUGGAGCCUGCACCACCUUUAAACCCCCGCUGCUGCCUCCUUGAAGUGCGACACACACACACACACACACACUUUCACCGUCUAGACCAGGAGUGUCCAAACUUUUUGUUGGCCGCAUAUUGACAAAUGACAGGAUAAUCCAUUUUGUACAUUAAAGGCCUACUGAAACCCACUACUACCCACCACAAAGUCUGAUAGUUUAUAUAUCAAUGAUGAAAUAUAAACAUUGCAACACAUGCCAAUACGGCCGGUUUAGUUUACUAAAUUGCAAUUUUAAAUUUCCCGUGUGUUUCUUGUUGAAAACGUCGCGAAAUGAUGACGCGUACACGUGACGUCACAGACAGUUAGGAAAUAUUAGCGCUGCACACACACACAGCUAAAAGUUGUCUGCUUUAACCGCAUGAUUACACAGUAUUCUGGACAUCUGUGUUGCUGAAUCUUUUGCAAUUUGUUCAAUUAAUAAUGGAGGAGUCAAAGUAGAAAGAUCGAGUUGGGAAGCUUUAGCCACACAAACACACAGUGGUUCCUUGUUUAAAAUUCCCGGAGGUGAAGCUUUACUAUGGAUCAGAGCGGUCAAGCGAACAUGGAUCCCGACCAAAUGUCAACCAGCAGUUUUUGGUGAGAAAAUUGUGGUAAAAAGACGCCACUUACCGGAGAUCAGCUGAGCUUGUGCCGUCCAUAAUGCUGCCGUCGACUUGCAUCAGACACUAGCCUCAACACACCCGUGGAGACACCCUUCCGACUAUCAGGUACUGUUAAACUCACUAAAACACUAGCAACACAAUAGAAAGAUAAGGGAUUUCUCAGAAUUAUCCUAGUAAAUGUGUCUAAAAACAUCAGAAUCCGUCCCAAUCCAAUCACGUUUUUUUUUUUCCUCUUCGCUAUGAAUACCCUCAAACACAAAUCUUUCAUCCUCGCUUAAAUAAAUGGGGAAAUUGUCAUUUUCUCGGUCCAAAUAGCUCUUCAUGUUGGAGGCUCCCAUUAAAAACAAUGUGAGGAUGUGAGGAGCCAUCAUCGUCUGCUACGUCCGGUAAAGGCAGGGCUUUUCUGUUAGCGACCAAAAGUUGCGAACUUUAUCGUGGAUGUUCUCUACUAAAUCUUUUCAGCAAAAAUAUGGCAAUAUCGUGAAAUGAUCAAGUAUGACACAUAGAAUGGACCUGCUAUCCCCGUUUAAAUAAGAAAAUCUAAUUUCAGUAGGUCUUUAAUGAUGCUGAAACCAAUCUACUGUCGGCCAUAAUUGUAAAAGUAUCUGAACUUACUUUGUCUUUUAGGUGCCACUUCAUACAUCUCAUUAACAAUGAAGUCAUUAGAGCAGGGGGCGGGAACCUUUUUGGCAGAGAGAGCCAUAAAAGCCAAAUGUUUUAAAAUGUAUUUCCGUGAGAGCCGUAUCAUAUUUUUUAACACUGCCUAAUGCGUGCAUUUUUUAAGUAAAACCAACAUUUUUAGAAUAUAGUAAGUCUCUAAAUUAUUUUUAAUAUUAUUUCUUGAACAGGUGCGGUAGAAAACAGUUGGAUGGAUUAAAAUACAUGAGAAUGUUUUAUAUUUUGAACGUUAUUUUUAACAUCGUGAUUACCAGCGGAAUUAUUCAUUACUUAUCGUGUUAAGCAAUGUCAGCUAAGAUUUAUCUGAGAGCCAGAUGUAGUCAUCAAAGGAGCCACAUCUGGCUCUAGAGCCAUAGGUUCCCUACCCCUGCAUUAGAGUUUUCAGAAUGUGGGCCAAUAAAAGAAAAUGGACUCUGUUCUGAGUCCGAGCCAAACAGCAACACGUGCAACUCUCUACAAUAUGAAUCAUUUUUCCCCCUCAACAUUGGUGCAUUAUGUAAUAAAAUCAUGCUUUUUCACCUCACUGUGUACAUAAUAACGCUGGAAUUAAUCUAGCGCCUUUUGUAAUCAAAUGAUUGAAUAACCUGUGAGGUAUUGCAAAAGUUAUUACAAAAUGUUUUUUAACGUGAUUAACCUUUGAACUUGAUGCCUUAAUCAGAAAAAAAAUCUAUUGCUACACCUCAAAACAUUUACUCUUUAUGCAAAUUAAUUAGGGAAUACGUCCAUCCAUUGUAACUUUAUUUAUUGUCAAGGAUAAUGGAUUAUAAAUUACAUAAAUUAUUUAUUAGUGACAUGAAAGUUUUGGAAGACAUACGCUCAUGCAAUAUGGAUUAUGUUAUAACACCAUUAUAUACAUAAUACUAUGAAUAAAAAAAUACAAUUAUGAAACAGAAAAAAUAUAUAUUAAUUUAGUGCGUUUUGUUAACAAAUGAUUGAAUAACUUGUUAGGUAUUGCAAAGGUUAUUACAAAAUGUGGGUGAUGCUCUUUUUUAACGUGAUAAACCAUUAAAAUUGAUGUCUUAAUCAGAAAAACAACUAUUGCUACACCUCAAAACAUUUACUCUUUAUGCAAAUUCAUUAGGAAAUACAUCCAUCCAAUGCAGUGGUUCUUAAACUUGUUGGAGUUUCAUAUGCACAUACACCGAACCCUUCUUAGUGAAAAAUAAAAUGUUUUUUUUUUCAAAUUCAA